GUGAUAUCCAAGCUGUUCUUGAUUCAGUACCAUGAACAAACGUCCCUACUCAGGGUCAUUAUCCCACAGUGACUCUCAGACUCCAGAGCUUCCCGAUCACCUCUCUCAUGACAGCCCGGAGCACAGCAGGGCCUCGGGCUCGGCGAAGAAACCCCGGAAUUUCAUAGCCACAGUGGCUUGUGAGAAUUGCAGAUUGAAAAAGACCAGAUGUGAUGAAUCACGGCCAAAAUGUGGACUAUGCAAGUCGCUUGGCUUGGAAUGUGUCUAUAAUGAGCGCAAGACUUCCAAGCGGGAUCAUUCUUUGAGUCUGAUUAUGAGCACUCUCCAUCGACUCGAGACAAAACUUGAAAGUGUCCCCACUGCCAUAUCUGGUGACAUUCAUUCUCUUCGAAAUGAAAUGAUUCAUGCAUUAGAUACGUCGCCAGGUGUCUCACCUCUAACACGGCGUAAUCUCAACUCCAAAGAGCCGGUGGGCUCAGAGAGGUCUCAACUGCAAGGCCUCACACCGAGAACAGUGGAACUCAAUAACGAUCUAGAACAUGAUAGCCAAAGCUAUCUCCCCUCGGGCCCAGUGGAUUCGACUGGCCUCGUUUCAAUCUCUUUCAGCCAGCAUGGGGUGAUCUCUUGGCUUGGAGCUCAAAACAUCCUCCCAAAUCGACUUCUCGAGGCCUAUGAGAAGCUCGGAAAGAACUACGUGAUUGACAUUGAAAUGAAAAGGCCUAUGCUGCCGAUGUACAUUUGCCCCUUUCCUCCGCACGCUGGAAACAACUGGCUGGAGACACUCCCAUUGGCCAUGAUCAAGGGGCUUUCAGACGCAUUCUUCACCACGUUUAACCUCUACACGCCUAUCAUUGAUAAGAACUUUUACUUCGCCUCGACACUGGGGACGGCGAUCGAAAGCAAUUUCGGAUAUACAAUCGAAAGCUGUCUCGCCCUGAACAUCAUGGCCCUAGGCUGUAUUGCAAUCCACGCUUAUCAAGAGGGAAAUUAUCCUUUACCAGGGAGCAGGACUAGUCGGUUUGAGCCGCCCGAGUGGAUGGGAGUCGUCUAUGAGGAACCUCCUGGCUUACGCUUCUUCAACGAGGCUCGCCAACGCAUGGGCUUCUUGAUGUGUGGCAAUGAUCUGCAAAGCUGCCAAUUCUAUCUACUUUCAUUUGUCUACUACAGUCAGAUCCUGCGGCCCUUAGACUCUUGGGCUAUGAUCCAUCGUGCUGCUACCUGCUGUCUUUCCAUGCUCACUAACCGUGACGUUCACUUCGACGAGUGGGAAGGCGACAUGAAGUCGAGAGUAUACUGGAAUUGUCUCAUGAAUGAGACAAUCCUAAUUCAAGAAUUACAUGUCCCACCGAGCGGUCUUGCACGCCUUGAAGAGCUUGUCCCAAUUCCCAAGUUUAUCAGCUUCGAGAGCGUUGGCUUCGGUACAUCUCGAUCCAUGUCCUUGGACGAGAUAGACGAUUCGUUUUUCCAAUACCAUUUCCUUGCGCAGGUCGCCCACCGUAUAAUACUAACCCGUAUCCGAAACUCACUGUAUUUCUACUCCGACUCAGGGACAUUCCCCCGUCCAGCCAUCAAUACAGAGUUGCACCACCAGCUAGAUCAGUGGCGGGUCAACCUACCUGCUGCCCUGCAGUUCUCCGAUAAUUCACCCAACCCUUCUACAGACCACGACGCAGCCGAUUCUGAACCCACCGAAUCUCACUUACCGUUCGAUCCGACCCGUCAUGCCCUUUCUCCCGCGAUUGCCGUCUCCGAAGCUAUGCUUCGUGGUCGCUACAUGAUUGCCAAAUUCCACAUCGGCCGGCCCUACCUCUACAAAGCCCUCCAUAUACCCAGUUUAUUAACGGAUCAUGAUCUCGAACAAAUCCGCAGCGGACUGCUGAACGCCAUGAACUGGCCUGUUGUUGGGGGCGUCUUCCGCCGGAUGAAGAGCUGCAUUCCGAUUCGAUUCGCUUUUUGCUCUCAAUUUUUCGGCCAAAUACUCCUCUUUUACUGUAUAUCCCACUCACCAGAAGCCCGCGUGCGAGAUACCUUACCCCCGGGCUGGGAGCAAUGGAACCAAGAAAUGCUGCGGUUCCUGGAGAGCUGCGCACCUCAUAGUCCGGCUGUAGCCAAGGACUUGGAACUCCUGCGGUUGUUGUAGAUUAAUGUAUCUUAUGAAUUGUGUAUGUGGGCGAUGUGACCUCGGGCCAUGACUGACGAGAUUGUUGGUGUCGUUGCCAGAGUGCUGUAUUACACCAACGGUUGGAUCCACCCUUUGAAUGCUGGUAGUUCCAUGUGAAAUCGAG